UGUGGCAUUACGCAUUGCAGUGAAUAUAUUCGAUUCGUUUGCUUAUUUGCAUUUAUUAAAGCCUGUCCCUUUUGAUUAUCUCUCGCAUACCCAGCGCGCGUGACCUACCUUCUUCCCCGUCGCGUCAUACGAACUACUCCUCUCACGAACUAGACGACAGAACGAGAUAUCAAUAUGCCCCCGCGAAAAGCACUCCCAGAAUCCGACUCCGACUCCGACCAACCCCUCACAUCCUCCCGUCCCUCUGACAAGCAGAUAGACAAAGCGCUACGCGAUGUCGUCGCGGAUACCUUCAAGUCAGGCAAGACGGAUGAAUUGACGGUCAAGCGGAUGCGACUUGCGGCGGAGAAGGCUUUGGGGAUUGAGAAGGGGUUCUUUAGAGGUGAUGGUGUGUGGAAGACGAAGAGUGAUCAGAUUAUCAAGGAAGAAGUGACAGCACUUGAUCGAGAUUCACAGGGACCGGAACCAGAAGAAAAGCAGGAAGCAAGAGUUAAGGAAGAAUCUCCUGCACCAACACCUGCGAAGCCGAAAGCACAACAAAAGAAGAGCACCCCAGCCUCACGAAAACGUCAGAAAACAGCUACUCCACAGCCCGAAGAUGACGGCGACGAUGUCUCAGAUUACAAGGAAGAGGAGGAAGAGGAAGAAGAGGAAGAAGAGGUGAAGAAGCCGGCAAAGAAGAGAAAGGCGACACCGCAGAAGGCUCAACCAAUACCUACUCCCUCGAAGGACAUCGUGGAAGAUGAUUCUGAUUCCGAAGAGGAACAAGACUUUCAGCCCCCGAAAGACGAAGAGGAGAAGCAAGACGCCUCAGAAAGUGAAAUGUCUAUCGUGCUCGAUGAGGAACCUGAGCCUAGUCAGAAACGACAAAAGAGCUCUGAAGCACCCAAGCGGAAGAAACCCACGACGACAAAGAAAAAGGCCGCACCCAAGACCGCACCCAAGGCAAAAGACGCGGAUCAGGACCCCGACCAGGCAGAGAUCAAACGCUUGCAAGGUUGGCUCAUCAAGUGCGGUAUUCGCAAGUUCUGGUCAAAGGAGCUGGCACCGUACGACACACCGAAGGCAAAGAUGAAACACCUGAAGGAAAUGUUGGCGGAUGCGGGAAUGAAGGGACGAUACUCUCUAGAAAAGGCCAAACAGAUCCACGAAGAGCGGGAACUCAAAGCGGAUCUUGAGAUGGUUCAAGAGGGCGCGAAGCAAUGGGGCACAGGCAGCCUGGAGGCGGAGGAGGCAAGUGAUAGCGGACCACGGCGACGGAGACUGAACCGAGGACGCCAAAGCCUUGCCUUUUUGGAAGACGAAGAUGGCGAGGAAACCGAUUAACAAGAAACGUGCAUUCGUACCUGCAGUGCAGGGGUUGUAUCGCCUGCCUGGAGCAGCUGUAAUAAUCCAUAUCAAGCAAUUCAAAGCGUAAAUGCCAUGAUUCUGUCCACCGUUAUUUGCCCGAUUUGGCUCCGCUCAUUCGUUGUGCUGUCAGACUGAAUACGGCAACGGAGGAGAUGAAGAGGACCAGAUUGUAGAAAGCAGUCCGCGAAUACUCGUUCUCCUCGGCCUCGGAGCGGGCCUCGACGAACAGUCGGCGUAGAUUGGGCAGAUUGGCCAUUGUAUUGUUAUUUAAAUAUUGUCUGUAAAAUGUAAAGCAGCUGUCAGGGGCAGU